UUCAUGAGCUUUUAUUAUCUGGUUUCACAAAAGUUAUUUCAGUAAAACAAGUUUUUUUCUUUACUAAUAACACCUAUCAUUUCUUGGAUCUGCUGUGCAAGUAUCAAUUAUCAGAUCAAACAUGUUGAGAAUCACAAAUGAUGGAAACCUAGUAAUCUCAGCAUGUUUACUGCUAUGUUUAAUGGCACAAAACCCAUGCCCUUCCAUUGGAACAGACACACUUUCCAAAGGAGAUUACAUCACAGAGAGCCACACCUUAAUCUCAAAAGAUGGCAUCUUUGAACUGGGAUUCUUCACUACUUCCUCACACAACACCUAUUUAGGCAUUUGGUACAAAGAUUUUCCAAACAAAACUGUAGUUUGGGUGGCUAACAGAGAGCAUCCAUUGCCCAACACUUCAGGUUUGAAGCAGCUCAAACUAGCUCCAAAUGGCAACCUAGAGUUGUACCAUGAUCUUGAUCCCUUCUGGUCCACAAGUUUGAUCCCAACUCUGCCAGAAACUGUUGAAGCAGUGCUUCUUGAUGAUGGGAAUCUCAUCUUAAGAGAUGGAUCAAAGCCAGGUAGAAUAUUUUGGCAGAGUUUUGAUCACCCUACUGAUGCUUGGCUGGCUGGAGCUGGGCUUGGCAGAAGGCAGCGUCUCGUCUCUUGGAAAAGCACCGAUGAUCCAUCUCCGGGACCCUUUUCUAUGGAGAUGUCUAGUGAAAAGCCUCAUUCUUUCUUCUUGAUGUGGAAAAUGUCAACUGUGUAUUGGAGGAGUGGAGAUUGGAAUGUAUCUGUGUUCAGCUCAGUUCCUGAACUGAGCUACUUGUACAAUUUCAGCUUUCCUGCAAAUGAAUAUGGAACUUACAUAAGAUAUUCUGUGUUGAAUCCUGCUGUCUUCUCCAUGGUUGUGUUGGAUUCAUCAGGAAACUUAAUGCAGCUUACAUCUCUGCGAAGCAAACGGAAUUGGAGCACCACUUUUCAACUACCUGAAGAGCCAUUUUGUGGAGAUUGUGGGGAAAAUGGAAAAGGAAGAAAGAAGAUGGUGGAGGUGAUCAUCGCAGUGGUGGUUCCGGUGGUGUUGGUUUUCUCCGGAGGCGUUCUGGGCUGCUUCUACACCAGGAGGAACAAACACAAAGAAGGCAAGGAAGAUGGAGAGGAUCUUUUGUCGUUCGAAUUCGAGCUUAAUGUGAAGCAGCCAUCCUAUGAUGGAACAAGGAAUGCCAACACACAAUUUGAUUUGCCAAUGUUCAAUUAUGCAAGUGUUUCUGCUGCAGCUAACAACUUCUCACCAGAAAACAAGCUUGGAGAGGGAGGAUUUGGACCAGUUUACAAGGGCAAAUUACUGAAUGGACUAGAAGUGGCCAUGAAGAGGCUCUCAAAGAAAUCCAGACAAGGCUUUGAGGAAUUCAGAAAUGAAAUCUUGUUAAUCGCAAAGCUCCAGCACAGAAACCUCGUUCGCCUCUUGGGCUGCUGCAUUCACCCUGAUGAGAGCAUACUCAUCUAUGAGUACAUGCCUAAUAAGAGUCUAGACUUGUUCCUUUUUGACUCAACCAAACAAGAGUUGCUAGAUUGGCCAACACGCGUUGGCAUUGUUGAAGGGAUUGCUCAAGGGCUCCUCUAUCUCCAUGAAUACUCGAGGGUGCGCAUCAUUCAUAGAGAUUUGAAGGCGAGUAACAUUCUCCUAGAUGCUGAAAUGAACCCCAAGAUUUCAGAUUUUGGCAUGGCGCGUAUCUUUGGAGGCAAUGAUUCGCUGGCUCAGACGAAUAAGAUUGUUGGAACAUAUGGCUAUAUGGCUCCUGAGUAUGCAUUGCAAGGCCUAUCUUCCAUAAAGUCUGAUGUGUUCAGUUUUGGAGUUUUGGUUCUUGAGAUUAUAAGUGGCAAGAAGAACACUGGCUUCUACCAAACUGACUCUCUCAAUCUUCUUGGAUAUACAUGGGAUCUGUGGAUUUCGGGCAGAGGUGUGGAACUGGUGGAUGAUAUGGUGGGAUCUCCGGCGGCGGCUUCGACGGCGUUGAGGUACAUAAAUGUGGGACUUUUGUGUGUGCAAGAAAAUCCCAAUGAGAGACCAAACAUGUCUAGUGUGGUGUCCAUGCUUAGCAGUGAGAUUGCAGCUCUUCCACCACCCAACAAGCCUGCAUUUGCUGUUGCAACAAGUUCCAGCAGCUCAUUAGAUGUAAAACAUUCUGUCAAUGGCUUAACUGUGUCAACUAUUGAGCCCAGAUGAGAAAAUGAUGAUGAUGGUCGUGCGCUGAUUGGUAUGAUGAAAUGGAAUGAUGGUGGAAUGGAAUGGAAUGAAGAUGGGAAAGGAAUGACAAAACUUAUGUGAUUUCUAUGCUUGGUAUGCACAACGAAUACAAUAAGAAUGAAAUUUUGAUUCUUUAUUGGAUUUCAA